AUGCCUUUGGCCAAAUCUAAUGAAGCACGGAUUUCCCAACCAACUGAUGAUUUGGUACAACAUGUUGACCAUGAGAAUAACGCUCCCAGCAAUUCUUCACAGCCCUCGUGCUCAACAAAUGAUACGUCGUCUGUUCAGCCGUUCAUUGAGAUAGAUAGAGCCCGUACACCACUUGCCAGUCUUCCUAUUCAAAGCAUCGAAUCGCCUCAUAUACCCCUUGAAAAUUUAGCCCCCCUUCCACGAGCUGAAUAUCUUUCAAGAUCGAACCGCAAAAGAGCAAAGUCAGAUAUUUUGAGUGGGUCUCCGUAUAAGCUGGCUCUCGAGGAGUCUUUGGUUUCAAAGAAAGUACCAAAAAAUGUACCGAAGAUUCAAUCAAAGACUGUUCCAAAAACAAAUUCAAAACCUCUUCCUAAAAAGGGCAAACAACCUUUUAAAGUGCCAAAGAAAAUGCCCAAAAAAAAGGUUUGGAGAUGCCCAGCAUGUACUGAAGUCUAUGUAGACCCCCCGCAGAAGACUGGAUAG